AUUUAAAAGCAACCGGUUAUAUUUCGUAAAUAAAACUUGAACAAGCCGUUCGCGAUUCAGCACGCAGGUGUAUUAGUGAAUAGACGUAAAUAGUUGCGACUUAAAGGAGUAGUGGAAGAUUUUGUAACCAUGAGGGACAAUUUAUUUAGCGAUUUGAACAUUCAGUUGGGGGCUCACUGUCCUUUACCGAUUGUUUCAACAAAUGGGUAUUAUGGAUAUCAACCGGUUAGGAAUCAACCUGAUAACAAGGCUGACGAACACCACAAUCAAAUGGAAGUGGAUAGCAACAGUUUUUCCGAAAAUGCAAAUAUCACGGAUAGUAAUAGUAAUGCACAACUAUUUAAUCGCAAACGGCUAAGUAGCGAACCAAUAGAAGUACAUGCAUUCAAAAAAAGGCGCCAAAAUGGCAUUUUUCAAGCUGCAGAGUCUUCAAAACCAAAAUUUGGAAGAAAACCAACACAUAACUUACCUGAUUUACCUCGUAGUGUCUUUAAUCAUUUUUGAUUGCGUCGUGCAUUAUUCACAAUGUUUAUUGAGUAGUGAAAUAGUUUGAAAAACUUAUAUUUUAGGUAGAGAAAGUGGUAGUGGAUUUUUAAUUUCUCGAUAUUUAAAAAUAAUACGAAAUCAUCUUCAGGGUACUUAUGUCAGUGUUCAUAAUUUAUCAAAGUAGUUAAUGAUAUUGAUUCUACCUCACAAAAGCUCUUCAAUAUAUGUCAUAUAUGUAAUAGAGAAGAUUUUGGAGAAGGCUUUCAAUUUAGUGGUGGUAGAUGUUUGAAACCCACUUAGUAUCAGUUGUUUAUUUAUGAAAGUAAAAAUAGUACAAAUAGACGGGUAUACUUAGGAAGUGUUUAUUAUACAAUUUUAGGAAUCAUUAAUAAUAUGAUACUAUCUUAUUUUCAUUUCUCACAGAAAAUUUACCACAUACACACUUUCAAAAUAAAGAGAUUGUAACAUUUAUGGAGAACAUAAAAGAAGAAGAAUUGUUAGAAAGCACCCAUGGAAGUUGUUUACAUCAUUGGAAUCGGGAAAGUGAUUUGUAAAAAGGACUCUCAAAAUAGUGCUUAUAGUGACACAUAUUGUGCCAACACUGUGAUGAGUUCGAAUA